AUGUCGCAGUAUACUACUGGUCGUCAACAUGAAGAUACCAUUAUUGACAUUCCUUCUUCUCGCAAAAAUUCCUUUCAAGACCAGCAACAACCGCAAUCUAGUACCCAACAGCGUGAACAUGACAUUCGUACCGGAAAACCAGUAGCAGCAGCACCAAAAACAAAAGAAUAUAUCAAAAUGAUCCAUCUUGUUCUUAGCAAACUCUCUAAACGAAAACGACCUCCUUCCUCGAUACCUUACUUUAUUCAACUUCCACAACACGAACCAACACCGGCUUUAUGGGACCAUGACGAUACCAUUGAAUUGAUUCUAAAAUUACGAUCGAUACUUAUUAUGUGUGAAAACAUGGAUCUUCAUAUUUUAGAGCAAAGUUCUCCAGUACGAUCAACUACAUCUUCUCAUGAUACAACAUAUGCACAACAGCAGCAGUAUCAGAUAAAAAAGGAAACAACAACUGAAUUUGAUAUUAUUCUACGACUUUUGGAUGAUUUGAUUACCAAUGACUGCAGAUAUAUGGCUAUUCACCCAAAACCUUCUAGACCUCCAUUCACUUUACAAACUGUGGUGAUUGAUAUUGCUAUCCUUUUGGUACAGUCUCAAGAUGAUAUACCUGCUCUCUAUAAAAUUGGUUGUUUUAUCCUACCAGCAUUCGAGACAUUCCCUGAUUCUAUAUUGAAAGUCAAGUUACUGUCCUUCUUUAUUGAUAUCCUUCUCCCGAAGCUAGUACAAAUUUCAAGUACAACAAGUUCUGAAAAUGAUAAUCCAUCUACUGGUCCAAAGAAAAUGAAGAAAAUUACAAAUCAUGAUGACAAUGAAGCUGAAAUGGAAUCUCCAAGCACAACUACGACGCCUUCACAAAACUAUAAAUCAAAUCAUCUUACUAUUGACACUCAACCAGUUCCUGUUUCACCGUCACUCUUGUCACCAACAACUCCACGGUCAUCAAUCGAUACUCCACUUCCAUCAAUGAUUGAACCAAUACAACAAUACGCAUUGUUUACACCUCUUUUGAACUUUAUGAUACAAUAUAUGGAUCCUUAUCUUGAUGCUCAACUAUUGGCAAUGGAAGACCUACCAAGAGUAUACUCUGGAAAAAGUUACUCCAUAUACAAUUUUCACAAGGCUCUUCGCUUCAUGAUUCAGCAAAAACCGGACCUUCACUUAGAUCUCUUACAAAUCAUAGCCUAUAGCAACGACAAUAUCAAAUUCAGAGCUUGCCAGAUCUUAUUUCAUUAUUACUUUAUAAGCUUGGGACAUCUACUGAUUGCAGAAUCAUUACCAAAACUGGGUGUUACUUCAGAAAUUGGGAUCAUUGACAAGCAAUGUGAGCUACAGCAAAUUCAACAACAAGAACAACAGGAACAGCAUCGUCAUCAUCAUCAUCAUCAUCACCAUCAUCAACAGCAUCAACAGCAUCAUCAUCAUCAACAACAACAAUCACUCAAUUCACCGGUUAUGGAAGAUGAAAUCGGUGAUCACGUCUGGUAUUCUCAUAUGUUCUCAAGCAAUAAUAAUCAAAAACCUUCUAGUGAUCCUCCAGAUAUGAUGCAACAAUUUCAAUCUCCAGCACAGGGAAUUCUGACCUUAGUCAAUCAAGACAAUAUCAACGACGCCUAUUGCAGUGGAUGUUACAAAUUGAUUACGGGAUAUGGACUUCGAUGUUAUCAGUGCAAACGCAAUGUACACUAUCAAUGUUACAACUAUUGUCUUGGGAAUGAUGAUCUAGAUAUUAUGCUAUAUGUGAAAGAAGGUGGGAUCCAAAAGGUAGUCAGCCCUCAAUUUUGUAAUAUACCAGUCCAGCCACGUUAUGCAGAUAUUACUUCAGGUCGUGAACAUCAAUGGGACAAGACAGCUCGCUCUCCAAAGGUACAUAUUCUUGGUCAUCAAUUUCAUUUGGUCAAUUUAUACACUCUUCUCUUAUGCGCUUGUUGCCGGAAACCUCUCUGGGGAAUAUCUCAACAGGGAUAUCGUUGUUCUAUCUGUAAUCGGUUUGUCCAUCCUGGCUGCCUUGAUAGAUCUGAUCAUGAACGUGGUUUCCAUCAUCCUUUAUCUAACAUUCAAGAUUGUCAACCUUAUCGACCUUUACUGGAAAGUGAUACACAAAUAUCAUUAACUGAACUCUCUGAAAGCUUGGUACGCUUCUAUGGAGACAUGAUACCAAAUACGUUGGAUGAUCUACAAGGACGAGGAUACGAAGAACUCGGUACGAUGAUCAACGUUUUUGUGAUUCAAAGUAACAUUCUACAAGCUGGAUUCUCUGCUGGAUGCCUUUUGCAACAGCAACAGCAACAACAACAGCAACAACAACAAAAUGAUGGAUUAAAGAUGGAUGAUCUUGGCGAUAUUAGUUCUGCUGUAUGUCCUAUUUUAGGAAGAGCUAUUGAAUUAUGCUUACAAUAUAUCAAAUCAGACAAUUGCCGUGCAUCUUCCUUUUUGGCCGACUUCAAGAACAACCGUGAAUGGUCACAAGAAUGUUUACUUAGUAGGGAAGAUUACCUUCAUCAUAUUGGCGCCAUGAUGAAAUCAUUGACCACAUCGGCUGACAUGGAUAUGGAGGUAGUAUCAGCAUCCGCACCCGGAAAUGGCAACAUCGAUAGUAGCGAUAAGGGACUACUUCAAGUGACACCCUCUUAUUUUACACCAGCAGCAAAACAACUAUCGAAUUCACCUGACAAUUCAGCAGCAAGUUUUUCCUCCGAUCUCUACAAACAGCAACAACAGCAACAACCAUCAAUAACACAUGAUAUUUUGGACAGAGAUACAUUAUUAUCAUGGACAAUGGACAACCUUUAUAUUAAAAGUCGAAAAGUGGGAGAAAUACUACUCCAACAUAUGCGCAACCUUGGUAUUUUUGAACGGUAUGAUGCAUCACCUAUUCUGUUCACUGUUGAUCGAUGGACACCUAUGGAUGAUUCGACUCACGACUGUCGAACACAAUGUAUUUUCCCUGUCCCCUAUGCGAUUGAUUGCUCAUCUCACGUCGAAACCUUGAUUAAUGCUGUGGAUUCCUGCUUGAACGAUAUUGAUAUCUCUAUUAAUGAAUGUGGUAUGCUUCUUUUGACUCGACGGUGCUGGCCUGAUCCAUUUAUGUCUCGUUAUACUAGUGAACGCUUGAUAGUUGCUAUUUUACGCUGGAUACUUCUUGAAGAUGAAAAAUUGACAGCUUUGUACGCGGCAUUUACAAUUUCUAAUAAUAUUCAACUUCCUGGUGUCAAAUUGAAUAGGUGGGCUCAAACAACACAAUCAGCACUUUUGGCUCGUAUAAAAGGCAACAAUGAACGAAUAAAUAAACAACAUAAUUAUUUGUUUGGUGCUGGGAUCAGUAGUGGUGCUGGCAAUGUCUAUGUUACGACUCGCAACGUACUUCGAGACCGUUAUUUGAUGACUUGGAUGUCUACUAUGCAUGAUAUUGAUCCUCUCAGUUAUGCCUCUCUUCUGAACGAUGCUAUUGAUGAAAUUGUGGAAUCUGUGAUGGAAGAAGAACUUGUAUCUGAGCUCACUCGUACCUCGUCAUCCACUCCACAAGACAAGGUAAUCCUUAAAAAAAAAAAAAAAAAAAAAAGAGGACGUGCACCAUUUGAAAUCCGGGCAUUACACAAAUUAUUUUCUAGCAAAGUGACGACUUCCAAAACAUAUGGUCAACCUUCUUCUUCUUCUGUGGAUACGACUUCUACCUUUGACAUCAUUUCUAAUAUGCUUUUGGAACAAGAUGGAAAAAUGGUUGAUCGUGGUAUUCGAUGGCUUACUUUGAUUGUGCAUCUAGGAGCUGGGAUUCCAUCGGUAUCAUUGGCCAAGAUUGCGCGUUCGUUAGUUCAAGCACAAGCAUCUAUUAGUACAACGGCUGAAUUCAUCAAACUCAUGUGGUUCCAGGUAGUCAAUGGUCUCAAUGUGGUUACUUCUCAUGCCGUGAUUAUCGAUGUGAUUGGAUAUUUGAAUGAAACAGCUUUAGAAUCAUUGAAAGCAAAGAAUGAAAAUAAAAAUUAUUUCUUUUAUAUUUUUUUUUUUAGUGCUCAAAUAUUCAUCAAAUACUCGGCAGCUUUAACUUGUUAUGCAUACAACUGUCCGUUGACCAACAUUUCUGAUCUUGAUAUGGUGCCUUAUUUUGCUGAUCGUAUCUCACCAUCGUAA